AUGGGUAAAGGACUUGCCUUUUCAGCAUCCGAAAAAUCUUUAAUUAUUGAAUUGAUACAAUUAAAGAAAGUGGUGGAAAAUAAGAAAACUGAUGCAUUUAGCAUUCACGAUAAAAACAAAGCAUGGGAAAGUAUUACCAAAACUUUCAAUGCGAGUGGUGAUCAUCCAAAAAGAACUGUAAGUCAAGUUAAAAAAUGCUGGCACAACAUCAAAACAAAAAGAAAAUCUGAAAUAACUUCUCAUAAACAAGCGGUUUUGAGGCCUGGAGCAUGUGAAAUUCCUGGGGCCAUUGACAGUGAUACAAUCGCUAGUCACAAUAUUACAUGUGUAAUUACAUCUGAUGGAUAUUUGGAGUUUAAUAUCCAACCUAGUGAUGAUAAUUUAUCUGAUUCAAAUAUUAAUGAUACUGAUGCAAAUUUUACAAAUGCUGUCCCAAGUAAAUCUAUUGGAAAACAAGUGGAAUUACCAAGGCAGUAUUUAAAAAACAAAAAAUCAAACUUGUCAGCUGAAGCGACAAGCCGUAUUGAACGAGUUGAGAUUCAAAAAAUUAAUGAUGAAGAGAUACAUAACUUGUUAAAGGAAGAAUUACUUUUAAAAAUGGAAAAUGAGAGAGAACUUCUGAAACGAAGAAAAAUUGAAACUGAAGUCGCUUCUAAUGAUUUAAUUUUUCGUAAAGAGAAACAUUUAACAGAAAUGGAAUUAUUAAAAAGAACUAUUAAUGAAUAA